CACGACUUGUUGAUCUUCUUCUCUAUGUGGUGUGUUUGUACCAUGUGCAACUCGAUCUGCUCCUCUCGACGUCUUUGACAAUCAGGUUCAUUGUUUUUCGUGUAAUUUCAUACUCUCUGGUGUUGUCGAUCGUCCCCAUUUAUCUAUUUGCAUUUUGUUGUUAGAAUUAUGUCCGGAGUCUUUUUCUUUUCGUCAUUUUGAAAUCCUCUCUCACUUGUAGAAAACAAUCAAAUGACCGUUGGUUUAAGUAGUGAGCUGUUUGAUUUCUUGUAAUUAGAAAAAAGUAGUUGAUAGAAGCUAUCCAAUUGUAUCUUCAUUCAAGUUAUCAACACAAGGAAGAAUGAGAAAUGGUGAGGAGGUCAAAGAAAAGGAAACAGGUUCAGUGGUAGUUGAAAAAGUGGGAGGCAGAUCAUCAGUGAUAAGCUGCAUAUCAAGAUAUCCCUUGAAGUUCAUCAUACCCAAAAAGGUGGGUUCUUCCAAAACUGAUGCUGUCUGGGUUUAUGCCCUCAAUUUUGGAGGUGGAAUUGUAUCUGGUGAUAAUAUAUCAUGCAAGUUUUCCGUGGGAGAUGCCUGUACAAUGGUGUUAACGACCCAGGGCUCCACUAAGGUCUAUAAAUCUGUGGGAUCUAAGUGUUCUCACCAAAUAUUAGAGGCUACGGUUGGUAGGAAUGCACUUUUAGCCAUCAUCCCAGAUCCAGUGACAUGUUUUUCCACUGCAAGAUACUAUCAGAAGCAAGUUUUCACCGUUUGUUCAGAUUCAAAUUUGGUUAUUGUUGAUUGGAUUACUAGUGGGCGCCAUGAAAGUGGAGAAAAAUGGGAUUUUGAUCUAUAUAAAAGCACCAAUAAUAUAUUCUUAGAUGAUGGUCAACCAUUAUUUCUAGAUACGAUGUUAUUAGAGAAAGAAAAAAUUGGCUGCAUAAAGAAUCACAUGCAGGACUACCAAGUUAUUGCAAUGAUUGUCCUCCUCGGGCCAAAUAUGCAGUAUAUCCAGAAGUUGGUGCAAGAUAAUGUGAAAAGAAUUAUGUCUGAGAAAUUACAGCAUCCUUCUGCUGCCUUGAAUCACCAAAGAGACAAGGCGGAUCAUUUCAUGACAAAACCAAACUUCAUGGCUUCUUGCAGUGUAUUUGGUCCUAAGAAAAUUGGUCUUCUUGUUCGAGUGGCUUCUGUGACAACUAAAUCAGUAUACAAGUUUCUACAACAUCAAUUGGCUCCCUUGGAGCCAAUAAUUGGUGUGUCACCCUACAGAUGAAGUGUAUUAGUGUAACUGUUUUCUGACAAGCGCACGGUUUUAUCAUUGUUUCUAUAGGGGAAAAAAAAUCUACAACCCAAUUGCAAAUUUAGAUUAUGUAAAUGCAAUCAAUUUGUAAUUUAUGAAUUAUUUGGAAUCCAAUUUAAGGAUUCAGUAGAAAACUUUAGAGUGGUGUUCAAAAAAGAAAAGUUUAGAGUGAAUUAAUUGCCAAAAAAUUUAGAGCUUCCAGGAAUUGGGUUCAGAUUAUUAGCAAUUUUGCUAUGAACAUUAUCUUAUAUCAAACUAAUUUUGAAGUUAAAUUAUGAAUUACAAUUUUCUUUCAAUGCACUUGAUUAAAAUAA